UCACUCACUCUAUGAAGCGUAGAUCACGGACUCCUCUCUCUCUCUCUCAAAUUCUAAGCUCCCUUUGCUAUAUCUCUUCCUCUCCUUUUCACCGACUCUUCUCGACUAUAUAUACACGAGAGAAGGGGGCUUUGAGACACUUGGAUUAUCUCUGUUAGGCCCGAAGAUCUUUUGAAAGGGAUGCCAUCUCCGUGAUCUGUGUUUAGGUGUGACAAUUUGGGGGACAUUUAUAUGUGAAAGAUGGCACUUGGAAAAUAUACUAGAGUGGAUGGCCGGAGGUCAUCGACUUCCUACUGUUCCACAGUAACUCUCGUUGUGUUUGUUGCUCUUUGCCUGAUUGGGGUAUGGAUGAUGACAUCUUCAUCCCUAGUUCCUGCUCAAAGUGUGAACUUGUCUAAUCAGGAGAGCAGAACCAUAGAAACAAAAAAUGAUUUAAAACAACCUGUGACUGAAAAUGAUUCUCGGCAAUUUGAAGAUAAUCCAGGGGAUUUACCUGAGGAGGCAACGAAAGGAGACAGUGAUUCCGACACCUCGCAAGAUGAAAGCAACUUGGAUGUUAAAGAAAAUACGAAUCAAUCUGACCAGACAACAGAGAACAAUGUCAAGGAUAACCAAAAAGAGAAACCUGCGGAGAGUGAGAAAGAAAACGCAGAGUCAGAAAAAACAUCCAAAACCGAGACUGAAAUUGAUAGGGAUGUAAAAACUGAAGGUGGAGAUGGAGAGUCAAAUUCUGAAGGUGGGGAAACAAAAACAGAAGGUGGUGAAAUGAAAACUGAGGGACAAGAAGAAUCAAAGGAGAGCUUAGAGGAGAAGAAAACGGACUCAACUGAGAAUGAGAAUAAACCAGAAACAACCGAGAGCUCAGGUGAAACUAAACAGGAAGAUAAAGUGGAGGAUAAGGUAGAGGAGAAGGCUGAGAACAAGUCAGAUGACCAGGCAAAGAACCAUGCCUCAAAUGAAGUAUUUCCUGAUGGGGCCCAGUCAGAGAUCCUAAAGGAGACUACCACUCAAAAUGGGGCAUUCUCAACUCAAGCUGUUGAGUCAAAGAAUGAAAAAGAAGCUCAGCAAUCUUCUUUACCUAAGGACCAAAAAGAACAAGGUGGAUAUAGCUGGAAACUUUGUAAUGUCACUGCUGGCCCAGAUUACAUUCCUUGUUUGGACAAUUGGGAAGCUAUUAAGCACCUUCACUCUACUAAGCACUAUGAACAUCGAGAAAGGCACUGCCCUAAGGAUGCCCCCACUUGCCUUGUUCCUCUACCUCAGGGAUACAAGUGUCCAAUUGAGUGGCCCACAAGCAGGGAAAAGAUAUGGUACUACAAUGUUCCCCAUACCAAGCUUGCAGAGGUGAAGGGGCAUCAGAAUUGGGUGAAAGUUACUGGAGAGUAUCUUACUUUUCCAGGUGGCGGGACUCAGUUUAAGCAUGGUGCUCUUCGUUACAUUGAUUUCAUUAAGAACUCAGUACCUGACAUAGCAUGGGGAAAACGGUCCCGUGUGAUAUUGGAUGUUGGAUGUGGGGUGGCUAGCUUUGGAGGAUUUCUCUUCGACAGAGAUGUUCUUACCAUGUCUUUUGCUCCCAAAGAUGAACAUGAAGCACAAGUGCAAUUCGCGCUUGAAAGGGGAAUCCCUGCAAUUUCAGCAGUGAUGGGUACCCUUAGAUUACCCUUCCCUGGGAGGGUGUUUGAUGUUGUCCACUGUGCACGUUGUAGGGUCCCUUGGCAUAUUGAAGGGGGUAAGCUUCUUUUGGAGCUAAAUCGUGUUUUGCGGCCUGGUGGUUACUUUGUGUGGUCUGCUACUCCAGUAUACCAAAAACUCCCUGAAGAUACGGGGAUCUGGGAAGCCAUGAAAGCAUUAACGAAGUCAAUGUGCUGGAAGCUGAUUACAAUUAACAAGGAUAGAGUUAACCAAGUUGGUGCAGCAAUAUUUCAGAAACCUACUUCUAAUGAAUGCUAUGAGAGAAGAUCACAGAAUGAGCCUCCACUCUGCCAAGACUCUGACGAUCCAAAUGCUGCCUGGAAUGUGCCACUGCAGGCAUGCAUGCACAAAAUUCCUGGAGAUACAUCAGAACGUGGGUCUCAGUGGCCAGACCUGUGGCCAGCUAGGCUGAAUAAACCACCUUACUGGUUGAAGAGUUCUCAGGUUGGAGUUUAUGGUAAAGCAGCUCCAGAUGAUUUCACUUCAGACAAUGAGCAUUGGAAACGUGUUGUGACCAAAUCAUAUCUGAAUGGAAUGGGAAUUAGCUGGUCAUCUGUUAGGAAUGUCAUGGAUAUGAGAGCUGUUUAUGGAGGUUUUGCAGCUGCCCUUAAAGACCUGAACGUGUGGGUCAUGAAUGUGGUUUCAAUUGAUUCUCCUGAUACACUUCCUAUCAUUUAUGAGAGGGGUCUAUUUGGCAUGUAUCAUGACUGGUGUGAGUCGUUCAGCACCUAUCCAAGAUCUUAUGACCUUCUCCAUGCAGAUCAUCUAUUUUCUAUGGUCAAAAAGAGGUGUAGCUUAUUGGCUGUGAUAGCGGAAGUCGAUCGGAUGCUCAGACCAGAAGGGAAACUGAUCAUACGUGAUGACAUUGAGACCAUCGGUGAGGUGGAGAACAUGGUUAGGUCCAUGCAUUGGGAGAUCCGUUUAACCUACUCAAAGGACAAGGAAGGCUUGUUGUGUGUCCAGAAGUCAUUCUGGCGACCCACAGAGACGGAGACAAUCAUGUCCGCAAUUGCUUAAGCUUGACAGUUUUUCCCUCAAGCAAUCAUGGGGACCAGGUUGGUAGGUAUUCUUUCAGUGUUAUUUUGUUUGUAAUUUCAGGUUUUUUUUUUCUCAGAUAUAAUUUUAAUUCCUCUCAAAGCCCCCUUACUCUUGUUCCUUUAACCCUUGUCUUUUUGCUUCUUAGUAGGUAGGGGCCCUUGAGUUUCAACUGUAAAAUCAUAUUAUAGAGAUACCAACGGAAAUCAAUUCAAGUUUGCCAGUGUAUGGCCCUUAAAAUUGGAAA